UCAAGGCAAGCUGGUGGAGGCCGAGCAGAUGUACCAGCGGGCGUUGCAAGGCUUUGAGAAGGCCCUUGGACCAGAUCACACAUCGACCCUGAAUACAGUCAACAACUUAGGCACCCUCUACAAAGAUCAAGGCAAGCUGGUGGAGGCCGAGCAGAUGUACCAGCGGGCGUUGCAAGGCAAAGAGAAGGCCCUUGGACCAGAUCACACAUCGACCCUGAAUACAGUCAACAACUUAGGCCUCCUCUACAAAGAUCAAGGCAAGCUGGUGGAGGCCGAGCAGAUGUACCAGCGGGCGUUGCAAGGCAAAGAGAAGGCCCUUGGACCAGAUCACACAUCGACCCUGACUACAGUCAACAACUUAGGCCUCCUCUACAAAGAUCAAGGCAAGCUGGUGGAGGCCGAGCAGAUGUACCAGCGGGCGUUGCAAGGCCGUGAGAAGGCCCUUGGACCAGAUCACACAUCGACCCUGGAUACAGUCAACAACUUAGGCCUCCUCUACAGAAAUCAAGGCAAGCUGGUGGAGGCCGAGCAGAUGUACCAGCGGGCGUUACAAGGCAAAGAGAAGGCCCUUGGACCAGAUCAUAUAAAGUCUGAGACCGUGAAGCAAAAUAUAGCAUCUUUGGAUAGUUCAAGUAGUAAGAAUUUAAGCCCCGUAUUAGCAUUAAUUUUAUUUCAAAUAGCUAAUUGUAACAAUAGGCACAGUCUCUAAAUUGGAUCCAGAGCUCCGAAUUAAGCAAGAUAAAGCAGGAAAAGAGACCGAGAAACGACCUUCUAGAUUUCGAAAGAUAUCCUCUAAGCUUAAGCAAUAAUUUACGUCUUAACAAAAACUCUUUAAGAAGCUAUUCCAUCCAUGAUUGUCACAAUAUCAGAGGGUAAGCAAAGUUUGCUACCUUUGUAAUAAUGCAUUGAUGCCUUUAUGCCGCUAUAUUAUCAAUCCUCUCCUAAAGCCCAGACAUCCUUGCCAACUCACGUCUGCCUAAGAUCGACUACGUCGCUUCUUUGGCUCUUCUUCAUCCCGAGCAUCAGGCAGUCCAGUAGCUAGCCGACUUCGCUUUUGAGGCCGCUUCCUUCCUCCGGUCCCAGCCCCAACUUCGGUCAUGAAGGUAUCCAUCAGUUCCCUGGCUCCACCCAGUUCAGAUCUAGGCAUCCACGUCUCCUUCCAUUCCACCCGAAAGUGCCUCUCACGGCCAAUUAUUUUCUGGCCAACUAUGUUCUGGACAGUUAUCUUCUGGCCAAUAAUUUUGCGGAGUUCCCAUUUAUGAUCGGGAUCUAUGAUUAGAGCUGCUGGCUAAGGUUCUUUAAAGUCGGCAGGACGUCCUUAAGAAAAUGAAAGAGAGUAUAGGACUUCAUAGGGCACGCUUUUCUACGGCCUCGAUGUAACUUAGUACUUCUUAGAAUGCGCAACAGCACUAUCUGACAAUCCGUUACCUAAGCUACUGCCUAACGCUUUAAAGAGGCCCGAUAUGUUAACGCAUUUGCAGAGAUGCCUGGUACAUUGGAUAGUGUUAACCUACGAAAAGAGGCUACUUGUCACAGAAUCAAGUACAAGUUCACUUUAGGGGUUAUCAAACGCACAUGAAAGGGUACGCCUAGUAGAACGGUUUGUAAUUGUGCUUCAAAAAGCGUUGGCAACAAGGCUAUACACUGGGAAAGUGAUUCGGGCAAUCUGUGACAGAGAUUUCCAGAAGUUAUUAGAAAGAAACGCUCGAGGUUUCUAGGAGGUUUUAGUUCUACUAUUUGAGGGUGUCAAGUGUAGGAGGUUUUAGGAGGUAUUGUUACCACUUCAAUGUAGAUGCGAGGGGUGUGACUUUUAAAUCUUUAAUGAGGCAAUAACUCAUAUUCACUCUGUACAUAUAGAACCGUUGUACUUGAAGUCGCAAGAGCUGAUGGUCACGAGCAGCAAUCGACGGAAGAGAGCAAAUGAGAAGACUGGAUAGAAGAUGUUAAAAAGGUUAACGCGAGGGAACCAAAAUCAAAAUAGCA